AUACUCGGCGCUCAGUCCGAUCCAAGCCAGGCCAGUGCCCUGGUCGCUCGCCGUACAGACGCGCGUCCUUCGCGCCGGGAACACACGGCUUUUAUCUAUAUAAGCGAGUGCGUUCGUACUUUCCUAUACGCUUCUCUAGCCGACGUAAACACGCUUUCUCGACUCUUUUCCACGGCCUCUAUAUUUUGAGGUAAUUUUUUACGCGAGCAACGGUUCGCACGUACAGCGUUAUUCGCACUGGGAAGUGGAGAGGAUCGUUUGUCGCGCUCUGACCCGACGAUGAGCUGGAUAGGCUCGGGUGCCAUUAUUAUCAGUGAAAGUGAAUCGGCCCGCCAAGACGCCGCUCGAACCAGCACUGCAUCGGCCCUGUGACGUAGUCCUGCAGGAUUUUGGACAUAUAGCUAGAAGCUGCGAUCCGAUUUUUAGAGGAUGUCGGCCCGUCAUGAGGCGUAGCAGCACAAGCUCGCAGAGAGCAAAGAGCUACACGAGCGGACUAGGACAACGGCUCGAGGGACUGGAGACAGGAAGCUCCGGACGAGAUGGUCGUCGAUUGGCUGUGUCCGGGACUGAGGCCGUCCGGUAAUCGCAGGCCGCGACUUCUCCACUGCAAGGUCAUUCUCCUCGACGAGCACGAGCUCCUCCAGGACGUUCUCAGCUCGAAUUUGGGACAGGAGCUGCUCGACAGGGUCUUCCGACACCUCAACCUCCUGGAGACGGCUUACUUCGGCCUGAGGUACCUGGACCACGAGAACCAGACGCAAUGGCUCGACCCUAGUAAGAAGAUUGGCAAGCAGCUCAAGCCGAAGAAGGGAGAUCUCAAUCCCGACGCCCAUACGCUUUAUUUCUGCGUCAAGUUUUACGCCGCGGACCCCUGCAAACUCAUCGAGGAAAUCACCAGAUAUCAGUUCUUCCUGCAAGUUAAGCAGGAUAUUCUUCAAGGAAGACUCCCGGUCUCCUUUGACCUCGCAGCCGAACUCGGUGCCUACGUCGUUCAAUCGGAGCUCGGGGAUUACGAUCCGAGGCGUCACUCCUACGGCUACGUGUCCGAGUUCAGAUUUCUGGCGAAUCAAACGUCCGAACUCGAGGCCCGGAUAGUCGAGUUACAUAAAACUCUAGUAGGACAGUUACCAUCAGCCGCUGAGCUGAAUUACUUGGAUAAGGUGAAAUGGCUGGAAAUGUACGGCGUCGAUCUGCACCCGGUACUGGGAGAAGACUGCGUCGAGUACUUUCUCGGUCUGACGCCAAGCGGCAUUAUUCUUCUGAGGAACAAGACCAAAGUUGGCAACUACUACUGGCCGCGCAUCAACAAAAUCUAUCACAAGGGCAAGUACUUCAUGUUGCGGGUGAGCGAGAAGAAUUCGGCCGACCGGACGCACGGCUUCGAGACGCCGUCGCGAGGCGCUUGCCGGCACCUCUUCCGCUGCUGCAUCGACCACCAGGCCUUCUUCCGGCUGAUGGCCACAGGCCCGCCGCCGCUCAGCCCCUACUCGCGCUUCCGCUCCUACAGUCCGCCGAUGACCAGCGGCACCGGCUCGGCCAUCAAUGAGAAGCAGCAACAGUCGAGCAGCGUGAGACGCAUGGCCCAGCCGAGCUUCCAGCGGAUGCCGAGUCGUCGGGCUCAGCGGAGGGUCGUCGAGGGCCAGGAGAUGGUGGCGGGCUUCAUCGAGGGCUCGAACAACCACCAGGUGGUUCAGGGCUCGAUCGGUCAGAGUACCAACUGCCUGGCUCACGGGGGCAGCGUCGCCUCGCGCAACAAUCCCAGCCCCAGGAGCACGAGGAGCGCGCCCUGGACCCAGAGCCAGCCUAGGGGACUCUACACCUCCUCCAGUCCCAGGUCCGUCAGGUCUUGCGGAACUGCACCGGCUCUCCUCAAUCGACUGAACCGGAGGAGCAGCUCGGUGGAGAGUCAGAGUUCCGGGGACAGUCACAGUCGGGGCCACCGGCGGCGGAGUCACAGCAGGAGUCAUCGAAAGCACAAUCGGCAUUCCGAUUGCGAGUCCCAGCUUUCGAGGGGUUCCACGCAGAAGUCCGGGCACAGGAAGCAUCGCAGGAGACACAGAAGCUCGCGGCACUCCAGUAGGCACGAAAUGGUCGACUCUGCGCCGCAGUGGCGGGAGGCGCAGCGACGGAAAGGCGAGAUAAUCCAAAGGGCCGUUAUAAGUACGACCGAGCCGAGGAGGAGGCACAGAAGUAAACACAGAAGUCCGUCCUCGAAGCAUCCCCUGCCGGACGAACUCAGAAAGCACUUGGAGUUCAGUCUAGUCGACACGUCGAGCAUGAGCGAGCAGCAGCGGCGCGAGAUCGCCUACACGGUCGUUCAGUCCCAGUUGGCUCAUCACCGCCAGCAGCAACAGCUUCACCAACAGCAGCAGCAGCAACAACAGCAACAACAACAACAGCUUCAGAUGCACCAGCAGCAGCAGCAACAGCACAACCAGAACCACCACUACCAGCAGUUGCCGCCUCAGUACCAGAACCAGCAGCAGUUGCACGGGCUACCACCCGCUUACAGCGCGGCGCCGAUGCAGCAGCAACAGCAGCAGCAGCAACAACAACAGCAGCAACAGCAGGGCGUGCUGCAGGCGAGCAACUUGCGUCUGGACGAGGCGGUGGACGCCGCUUCGUCGGCGGCUAGAGCUGUCGGAUUCUCGGUGAAGAGAGACCGCAGGACUGUCUAUCAGUGCCACGAGAGCACGGCGAACAGCUUCUCGGUGAUGACACGCGCAACCAGCCGCGUCGAGCCGAUAACUCACAACAGCAGGCACGAGAUGAUGUACUCCUCGUCGAGGAAGGAGUCCUCCUCCUCGUCGUCCCUUGGAAUGAUCAGGACCGGCAGCGCCUGCCGGAUACCGAUCGGCAGCAGCGCAGGCGACAGCGGCCUCGGGGAGAGCACCACACAGGACUUUUCCAGCUGCUGCUCCAGCUCCGCCGACAGUACCAAGCAAACACGCGCCACACAAAGGCAAUUAGACGAAGACGGAUAUUAUAAGCUUCCUUCCGAUUCUUCCAAGCAGAGUUAUCCUCAACAUGCUGACGCGACUCUGGAUGCUGUUCUUCAGCCCAUUAUAUCUACGUUGACCAGAAGACGUCGGACCAGACCAAAGUAAACCACAGAGGACGAUACGUUUCUGCUAUGAUGGAUCUCAACUGCACAUAUUGUAUAUUCCUUUUCGAAGUGAACAUUUUUACACCUCGAUUAAAUAAAAAAAUCAUACCCUCACAAAAAA